AUGUACAUCACGCCCGCGCUGGUCGCAGCCUGUCUCACCCUUGAGGCAUCCGCAUUCCUGGUACCUCUCGAGGUUGCCACUGCUGCUAAGCAAGCAAAGUCAGAACUUGCCUCGAUCCUGGCAACAACUGGUCAUACUGUCGACCUUGAUUGUCCCGGGUGUCCGUACUUUGGCCCUGAAGAUACAGCCGAACUGCGGGAAGAUGUUGAGAACAAGAUCCAUCUCGAGUUCGACAUCGAUCCUCAACUAGGCCUGACCAUCAAUGAUCAUGCUAUAUUCUCCUCCGAGACCGAUACCGCCUCCAUACCCUACCUAGUGUCCGCCCCUCAGAUAAGAGUAGAAGACGGUCAACAAACAGACCCCAUUCAGCUGGACUUUGCCUGGGAGAGGCUAACACCCAUCGUCUCUGCCGAUGAACCUGAUAAAUCUAUCCUACCUAUUCGGUUUACCAUCCUGGGGCUUCAAGGCAUCCCUGUCAAAGUCGAUACCGUCGCCAUUGACCUCCUCCAGACCCCUGAUCAAACCUCCAUUGCACGCAUAACCACAAUUCCCUUCGAGGAUACACCGGGUGCCACAACCUGUGACACGACCUCAAAAUGGUCUCUUUGCCGUCUGCGGGCCAUCAUCGCCGCUCGUCUCCAAGCAAUCAUGGAAGCAGCUACAGCACGUGCCUCUGCGGCGACCAAGGGCUGUCAUGGUCGCAAAGGCUCCAAUGGACUUGGUCCUAUGGGUGGUGAGGGUCACCCUCACGGUCACCACAAGGGCGGUCACGGUCACCAACAUGGUCAUCACCGCUUCCACCGCUUUGGCCACAUGCUGCACCAAACGCUACGUUUCUUUGUCAUCCCUGCCCUGUUGGGGGUCAUUGGGGGUCUCAUGGCCAGUGCCGUCGGUAUGCUCGUCGGCCAGAUGAUUUCUUACCUGUGGAUCAGAUUCCACCGCAAUGGCCAACGGGGAGAAGCAAGCCGUGAAAUUUGUGUUGUGGAGAUUGUCGUUGAUGAGGAAGAGAAGGAAGCCCUGAUUGAGAAUUCGGAGGUCGACGGCGAACUUCCUCCUCCGCCAGGUUAUAGGGAUGUCGAAGCAGGAUCGGAGGAGAAAUUAAUAUAA